AUGAGUGGGACUUUAAAGCUUUUCAGUUUGCCACACUUUGACACAAAUGCUCCCCCUGCUUCACAAAUGGUGGUUCCAGCUGUUCCAGAAAUCGAAGCAGGUAGAAAUCGGCAGAAAUCUAGCAGAGGAGGGCUACAUAAUGGUGGUUACGAUGAUGAAAAUUAUGAUUAUAUUCUCAAGGAUGGAGAGUGUUUCAAUACGCGUUAUAUAAUCCUCACCGAAAAGCCCAUAGGGAAGGGGUCAUUCGGGCAGGUUACUCGAGCUUAUGAUACUGUAGCGAAGGAGGAUGUUGCAAUAAAAAUUAUCAAAAAUAAGAAAACGUUUUUCGAUCAAGCACAGAUUGAGAUCAAAUUGUUGGAGAUGAUGAGAGCUCAUGACACUGAACGGAAAUAUAACGUUGUUCUGCUCAAAGGGCAUUUUGUUCAUCGAAACCAUCUAUGUCUCGUAUUUGAGCUGCUCUCCUACAAUCUUUACGACUUAUUGCGGAAUACGAAUUUUCGAGGCGUCUCACUCAACCUGACUAGAAAGUUUGCUCAGCAGUUGACGAAGACACUGUUGUUCCUGUCAUCUCCCGAACUUUCGAUCAUUCACUGUGAUCUUAAGCCUGAAAAUGUGCUACUUUGUAAUCCGAAACGCUCUAAAAUUAAUAUAAUCGACUUCGGAUCUUCUUGCCAAAUCGGUCACAGGAUUUAUCAAUACAUACAGUCUAGAUUUUACCGCUCUCCAGAAGUUCUAUUAGGGAUCGCGUAUGAUACAAAGAUCGACAUGUGGUCCCUCGGAUGUAUUUUGGUGGAAAUGCACACGGGAGAGCCGUUGUUUGCUGGCUCUUCAGAAGUGGAUCAAAUGAUGAAAAUAGUCGAAGUACUUGGAAUGCCUCCAAAGGAGCUUCUUGAUAUUGGUCCGAAGACCCAUAAGUAUUUUGAAAAAACCGAAGAGGGUGUGUAUUACUGCAAGAAAACUCGGGACAAUUUCAAUAGGUGCUAUCGAGGUCCAGGACAUAGAAAGUUGCAUGACAUACUUGGUGUCACAUCUGGUGGUCCGAACGGCCGACGUGCAGGAGAACUGGGGCAUUCUGUAGAGGAGUACAGCAAGUUUAAGGACCUUAUAAAGCGGAUGUUGACUUACGACCCAAAAGUUCGUAUAUCUCCCUAUUACGCUGUCCGUCAUCCAUUUCUGAGACCAAGAACUGCAUCUCAGACAGGGCGUUCAACUGUCGGGGAGAGUCCCACUGUGAGUUUUUGUACUUCGUUAUCACAGUCCACAGUAGUGGUAUCGGCCAUCUCGAGCAUGACGCUAAUUCGACCCCGCACCGGGAUCACCAAACUUGUCGUCCCUCCUGGGUCGGGAAAUUGGUACCGGACUUCUCCGGGAAAAAAUUGCUCUUUGCAAUCCAACUGGGACCGCUCCAGCCCGGCUAGCCCAGGGCUGCAGGUUUAA